AUGGGGUUCCUUUGGAUUUUUGGCUUCCUUAUCUUGCCGGCGGCAUUCUCACAAAGCACAGUCCCCACUGCAGGCAAGGACAACACAUGCCCUUUCAUUCUUGGAAUGCCUGGGAGCAAUGGAUUGCCGGGUCCAGCAGGAGAGAAGGGUGAUCAAGGACCCCAAGGAAUUCAGGGACCUCCAGGAAAAGCUGGGCCUCAAGGCGAUAAAGGAGAUCGGGGUCUAGUAGGUGAAAGAGGACCAAAGGGAGACCAUGGAGCAAGAGAACUUCAGCAACUGGAAUCUGAAGUGGCCCGUUUGAAAGAACAAGUGGAGGCUCUGAGAAACACUAUGCUCAGGAACCAAAAUGCUCAUUUAUUCCCAAAUGGCCGAAGUGUUGGUGAGAAGCUAUUCAAAACCGACGGCUCCCAAGGCAGCUUUGAGGCAGCCAAAGCGACCUGCUUCCAGGCCGGUGGUCUGCUUGCCUCUCCGAGGUAUUCUGCGGAGAACGCAGCCAUCCAGCAAAUAGUUGCUCGUCACAACAAGGCAGCUUAUCUGGGGAUGAACGACUUGCAGUCAGAAGGCACGUUUGCCCACCUGGAUGGCAAUGAAGUCAAUUACACCAACUGGGCAAGCGAAGAGCCAAACAAUGCUGGCGGGAAGGAGGACUGCAUUGAAAUAUUUCAGGAUGGCAAGUGGAAUGACAAAUCCUGCACAGAAAGACGGUUAAUAGUGUGUGAGUUUUAA